AGUAUCACUUCAAAGAGGUCCUGAGCGGUUUCAACGCGCGCCAGACACGUGCCACUCAUCCGUCGAUGCGCCGUGAAGUAACACGCUACAUGGAACCAGGCCACUGGUUCCUGUCUAUCUACAAUGACGACGGUGAUGCGCAGGAGAUCGCUUUCUAUGCGCUUGUCGCCGAGGAUAUGACCCAGAACUGCCCGAACGGUUGCUCCGGCAAUGGUCAGUGUCUGCUCGGGCACUGCCAGUGUAAUCCAGGCUUCGGUGGUGACGACUGCAGUGAGAGUGUCUGUCCGGUGCUUUGCUCCCAGCGUGGUGAAUAUAUCAACGGUGAAUGUCAGUGCAAUCCUGGCUGGAAAGGCAAAGAAUGUUCGAUGCGGCACGACGAAUGUGAAGUUCCGGACUGCAAUGGCCACGGACACUGCGUCAGUGGCAAGUGCGCUUGCGUGCGCGGCUACAAGGGCAAAUACUGCGAAGAAGUGGACUGUCCCCAUCCGACCUGUACGGGGCAUGGAUUCUGUGCCGAGGGUACCUGCAUCUGCAAGAAGGGCUGGAAGGGUCCUGACUGCGCCGCAAUGGACCAGGACGCACUCCAGUGCCUGCCGGACUGCACCGGUCACGGUACGUUCGAUCUGGACACGCAAACGUGCACGUGCGAACCGAAAUGGAGCGGUGAGGAUUGCUCGAAGGAGCUGUGCGAUUUGAACUGUGGCCCGCACGGUCGGUGCGUCGGCGAGACGUGCAGCUGCGAUGCAGGUUGGGGUGGUGACUACUGCAACAACAAGCUGUGUGAUCCGCGCUGCAACGAGCAUGGACAGUGCAAGAAUGGCACCUGUCUGUGUGUCACAGGAUGGAAUGGCAAACAUUGCACUCUCGAAGGGUGCCCGAAUGGCUGCUCUCAACACGGCCAGUGUCACGUGAGUGGUGAACUGAUGUGGGAAUGCCGCUGCUAUGAAGGCUGGGAUGGCGUAGAUUGCUCGGUUCCCCUUGAGCAGAACUGCGGUGAUAAUAAGGAUAACGAUCGUGACGGGCUGGUGGACUGCGAGGACCCCGAGUGUUGUGGCAGCCACUCGUGUAAAACGAGCCAGCUGUGCGUUUCGGCACCGAAACCGAUCGAUGUGCUGCUGCGCAAGCAACCACCCGCCAUUACGGCGUCCUUCUUCGAGCGCAUGAAGUUCCUCAUCGACGAGGGCAGUCUGCAAAACUACGCCAAACUGGAAACGUUCAACGAAAGCGUUUUUUGGAAUCAUUUUAAUGCAAGCCGAUCGGCCGUUAUACGAGGCCGUGUCGUCACCUCCCUCAACAUGGGUCUGGUUGGUGUUCGCGUGAGCACUUCGACUCCACUCGAAGGAUUCACGCUAACGCGUGAUGAUGGCUGGUUCGAUCUGAUGGUGAAUGGAGGCGGUGCGAUCACGCUGCAGUUUGGACGAUCACCUUUCCGACCGCAGACGCGCAUUGUGCAGGUACCGUGGAACGAGGUUGUCAUCAUCGAUACGGUUGUGAUGUCGACGUCGGAUGAUAAAGCACACCACGGAGCACCGCAUACGUGUUUCUCGCAUGACUACGACCUCAUGAAGCCGGUCGUCCUCGCCACGUGGAAGCAUGGUUUCCAGGGAGCAUGUCCGGAUCGAAGUGCCAUCCUAGCUGAGUCACAGGUGAUCCAGGAAUCACUCGCCAUCCCCGGAACGGGCCUAAACCUGGUGUAUCACAGCUCUCGAGCGGCUGGUUAUCUCUCGACGAUUAAGCUGCAACUCACGCCCGACACGAUCCCACCAACACUGAAGCUGAUCUACCUACGAAUCACGAUCGAGGGCAUCCUGUUCGAGCGCGUGUUUGAAGCGGAUCCCGGCAUUAAAUUCACGUACCCUUGGAACCGGCUCAACAUCUAUCGGCAGCGUGUGUACGGCAUCACGACAGCCGUGGUUAAGGUUGGCUACCAAUACACCGACUGCAAGGAUACCGUUUGGGACGUUCAGACGACGAAGCUGAGCGGACAUGACAUGAGCAUCUCAGAGGUUGGUGGCUGGAAUUUGGACAUCCACCAUCGGUACAACUUCCACGAAGGCAUCCUACAAAAGGGCGACGGAUCGAAUAUCUAUCUCAAGCACAAACCGCGUGUUAUCCUUACCGCGAUGGGUGAUGGACAUCAACGACCGCUUGAGUGUGGUGAUUGUAAUGGUAUAGCGACAAAGCAACGGUUACUUGCUCCUGUAGCACUAGCAGCAGCACCUGAUGGUAGCCUGUACGUGGGUGACUUCAACUACAUCCGCCGCAUCAUGAUCGACGGAACGGUUCGAACGGUUGUGAAACUAAACGCAACACGCGUCUCAUACCGCUACCACAUGGCACUGAGCCCGCUCGAUGGAUCGUUGUACGUAUCGGAUCCGGAAUCGCAUCAAAUCAUCAAAGUUCGCAACAAGGACGAUACGCACGAUCCCGAUCACAACUGGGAACCGGUGGUAGGAAGUGGUGAACGAUGUCUUCCUGGUGACGAAGCUCAUUGCGGUGAUGGUGGCUUAGCACGAGAUGCCAAACUCGCGUACCCGAAAGGCGUCGCGAUCUCUUCUGACAACGUGCUGUACUUUGCCGAUGGCACCAACAUCCGGAUGGUUGAUCGGGACGGCGUGAUCAGUACGUUGAUCGGUAAUCACAUGCAUAAGUCUCACUGGAAACCGGUGCCGUGUGAGGGAACGUUAAAGAUCGAAGAGAUGCACCUGCGCUGGCCUACAGAGUUGACGAUUAACCCGCUAGAUGACACGUUACACAUCAUCGACGAUCAUAUGAUCUUGCGCAUGACACCCGAUGGACGUGUACGCGUGAUCGCUGGACGUCCGAUGCAUUGUGCUACAACAGGAUCUGGAGGAGUUGGUACAGGUUCCGGUCUGAGUACGAGCACUUCUGGUGGAAGUGUGGCAACAUCGCUCAGUUAUGACAACGAUUUGGCGAUCCACGCCACACUGGUGAUGCCGCAAAGCAUCGCAUUUGCACCUUCCGGGGAUCUGUACGUGGCUGAGAGUGACUCGCAGCGGAUCAACCGCAUCCGGGUGAUUGGCACCGACGGCAAGAUCGCACCAUACGCUGGAGCUGAAUCGAAAUGUAACUGCCUUGAACGAGGCUGCGAUUGCUACGAGGCGGACCACUAUCUUGCGAUCAGCGCGAAGUUCAACACGAUCUCAGCCAUCACGGUGACACCGGACGGGCACGUACACAUCGCUGAUCAGGCGAACUACCGCAUCCGAUCGGUCAUCUCAAGCCUCCCCGAAGCGGGAACCUCAAAGGAGUACGAAAUCUACGCCCCCAACGCUCAGGAGAUCUACGUGUUUAACCGAUUCGGGCAGCACAUUGCGACGAAGAACAUCAUGACGGGUGAGACAGUGUACAGCUUCCUGUACAACGUGAACACCUCGAACGGGAAGCUGAGCACGGUGACGGAUGCAGCUGGGAAUAAGGUGUUCCUGCUGCGCGAUUACACCUCGCAGGUGAACUCGAUCGAGAACACGAAGGGUCAGAAGUGCCGGUUACGUAUGACUCGCAUGAAGAUGCUGCAUGAGUUGAACACACCUGACAACUAUAAUGUGACGUUCGAGUACCACGGCCCAACCGGGUUGUUGAAGACAAAGCUUGAUUCUACGGGUCGCUCGUAUGUGUACAACUACGAUGAGUUUGGUCGGUUGACAUCUGCUGUUACACCUACGGGCAAGGUGAUUGACUUGACGUUCGAUCUCAGCGUGCAAGGUGCCACAGUUAAGGUGACGGAGAACUCCCAGCGUGAGGUGUCGAUGUUGAUCCAAGGAUCUUCUGUUGUUUCGAAGGUGGGUGAAGCGGCUACCAAGACCACGGUACUGCUCGAUGGCGGUACUACGAGUGUAUCACCCUGGGGCAACGCUGUGUCGGUGGAAUCCGUCCCGUACGUCUUGCUAGCUGAAGUGGACCCGCUGUUGGGUGAAAGCUAUCCUGUCCCAUCGAAGCAACGCACAGAAAUCAAUGGUGAUCUGUCGAAUCGGUUCGAAUGGCGCUACUUCAUCCGGCACGUCCCUGUACGCGGUAAGAACGCACGCACACUCACGCAGGUAGGCCGGAAGCUGCGUGUGAACGGAGAGAAUCUGUUGACGUUCGAGUACGAGAAGGAUACGUCGUCGAUCACGGUUUCGGUGGAUGAUAAGACUGAGCUGUUGAACGUUACGUACGAUAAGUCAUCGCGUCCGAUCGCGUACCGACCUCAGUCGGGCGAGUACGCCGAUGUAGACCUGGAGUACGAUCGAUUUGGGCGGCUUACGUCGUGGAAGUGGGGCAAUCUGAAAGAGGAGUACACGUUCGAUCGAGCUGGAAGGCUGAACGAGAUCAAGUACGGCGAUGGUAGCUCAAUUGUGUACGCUUUUAGGGACACUGUUAGUAGCCUCCCACUAAAGGUGACAACACCACGCCGUUCGGACUAUCUGCUGCAGUAUGAUGAUGCGGGUGCGUUGCAAUCUCUGACAACUCCGCGUGGUCACAUCCACGCGUUCUCACUGCAGACUUCGCUUGGGUUCUUCAAGUACCAGUACUACUCGCCGAUCAAUCGACACCCGUUCGAGAUCCUGUACAGUGAUGAGGGUCAAAUCCUGGCGAAGAUCCAUCCACACCAGAGUGGCAAGGUGGCGUUCGUGCAUGACAGUGCCGGUCGGUUGGAGACAGUUUUAGCAGGAUUGUCCUCUACACAAUACACGUACCAAGAAAGCACGAGUUUGGUGAAGCAGGUGGAGGUGCUCGAGCCUGGAUUCGAGCUGAGGCGCGAGUUCAAGUACCACGCGGGUGUGCUAAAGGACGAGAAGCUGAAGUUCGGUUCGAAGAGUGGACUGGCAUCAGCACACUUCAAGUACCAGUACGACGGAAACGCGCGACUCAGUGGCAUUGAGAUGGAUGUGAACGGGAAGGAGCUGCCGAUCGUGAAGUUUAAGUAUGGACCUGCGCAAGGCACGCUCGACGCUGUCAGUGAUCUACGCAUCACGCGAAACGCGUUCAACCGCACAGUGGUGCAGGACACCUCGAAGCAGUUCUUCACCAUCACCGACUUUGACGAGCAUGGGCGUGUUAAGAGUGUGCUGAUCAACAUCAAGUCAUUCGACGUGUAUCGGUUAGAGCUGGAUUAUGAUCUGCGUAAUCGCAUCCGCACGCACAAAGUGAUGGUGGGUCGAUCAACCUCUCUCGACAAGGUGAACUACAACGCGGACGGGCACGUUAUGGAGGUGGUUGGCACGAACAGCUGGAAGUACGUGUAUGAUGAGAACGGUAACAUCAUCGGUAUCCUGGAACAAGGCGACAAGAUGAACCUCGGGUAUGACACAGGUGAUCGAGUGGUGCAGGUUGGUGAUGUCGAGUUUAACAGCUACGACGCGCGUGGUUAUGUAGUCCGCCGGGGUGAGCAGAAAUAUCGCUACAAUAACCGUGGCCAGCUGAUCCACGCGAUGGAACGUGAUCGCUUCCAGACCUGGUACUUCUACGACGAUCUCGGCCGGUUGGUUGCGUGCCACGAUGAGAAGGGCAACGUGACGCAGUACUUCUACGCUAACCUAAACGCACCGAGCUUGAUCACGCACAUCCACUAUCCGAAGGCGGGCACUACAUCACGUUUGCUGUACGACGAUCGGCACAUGCUGAUCGCGAUCGAGACGGGAGAUCAACGAUACUACGUGGCAACAGAUCAGAAUGGCUCACCGAUUGCUCUGUUUGACGUAGGUGGUGCGAUCGUGAAGGAAAUCCGUCGUACGCCGUUCGGUAAGAUCGUGAAGGACACCAAUCCGGCGCUGUUCGUGCCGAUCGAUUUCCACGGUGGGUUGCUCGAUCCCAACACGCGCCUCGUGUACAUGGAGCAACGUCUAUACGACACCGGUGUUGGUCAAUGGAUGACUCCAGCCUGGGAACAACUCGCAACGGAGAUGCGCCACCCGACGGAUGUGUUCAUCUACCGAUUCCACAAUAACGAUCCGAUUAACCGGCGUGAACCUGAGGGUAACUACAUGAACGAUCUGCGCUCAUGGUUGAAGCUGUUCGGAUACGACGUGACGAAGAUGCAGGGUUCUCAGUACACACGUGACAUGAUCUACAGACCUGCGGCAACGAUCAAAUCACCCCAACUUGCACCCGACUUCGGUGUCAUGUCCGGGCUACAGUGCAUCGUCGAGAAGGUGGAUGAGAAGUUCGCCGAUUUCGGUUUCAUCCCGAAACCACUGCUCAAGAUGGAGCUGAAGACACGCAACCUGCUACCACGGGUUGCCUACCGACGUGGCGUCUUCGGUGAAGGUGUACUGAUCUCUCGCAUCGAUGGACGCGCUCUCGUCAGUGUUGUCGACGGCUCGAACAGUGUCGUGCAGGAUGUCGUCUCCUCAGUGUUCAACAACUCACACUUCCUCGAUCUGCACUUCAGCAUCCACGAUCAAGACGUGUUUUACUUCGUGAAGGACAACGUCCUGAAGUUACGCGACGACACCGAGGAGCUACGCCGGCUCGGUGGUAUGUUCAACAUCUCCGCGCACGAAAUCAACGAUCACGGUGGUGCGAAUGGAAAGGAACUACGGCUGCAUGGUCCCGAUGCCGUAGUCAUCGUGAAGUACGGUGUGGAUCCGGAACAGGAACGUCAUCGCAUCCUGAAGCACGCUCACAAACGCGCGGUCGAGCGAGCCUGGGAGCUGGAGAAACAACUUGUUGCUGCUGGGUUCCAGGGUCGAGGUGACUGGACGGAAGAAGAGAAAGAAGAGCUCAUCUCACACGGUGACGUAGACGGCUGGAUCGGUGUUGACAUCCACAGCAUCCACAAGUACCCACAGCUGGCGGAUGAUCCUGGUAAUGUAGCGUUCCAGCGUGACUCGAAGCGAAAGCGCCGAAAGAGCGGCGGCACUGCCAGCGGUGGAGGAGGAGGUGGUCACAAAGCGAAACGGGAACACCGACAUGAGACGAUCAUUCUUCCGCUGCCAGCGGUGAUCGCGUCCUCGGUGGCGCCAUCUGCAUCCGUACCAACGUCUUCGGUGUCUUCCGCGACGGCCACCGUCACGUCGUCGUCAUCGUCCUCUGCGGCAUCGUCGGUGCCAACUUCGCCAUCGUCCUCAGUUCCAGCCUCGCAGGCGGUCGUGGUGACUGCUUCUGCUGCCACGGUACGACCCAGCGCUUCGACGUGA